CAGCCGAGAAGCCUGGGUGCUAGCCCCUUGGCACAUGGCGGGAUUUCAAGUUUCCAUUUUCAAACUUUUGAACACAAAUAUUUUCAAUUUUCUGGCACUUUGAAAGGAGUUUACAGCGUUUUAGAACGGCAACGUAAAGAAGUAUUUAUUGUACUUUUUUCCUGUGUUAAUAAACCCGUUUAUCGAGCAUGAAUUUGGAAGCGAACGCUCAAAACUUGCAAGCCCUCGCUGAUCAACUACAGGAAACGCUAAGUUCCGAAGAUCAAGCGCGUAAAGACGGUAAGAAAUUACAAGUUGUUUUUUAGUAUAACUUGAUUUAAAGGUUUGUAAGAGCUAUUUUUAAUAGACAGAAUGGUUUUAACGGAUUUGGUAUACAAACUUUUAAACUAGCAAGAGAAAUAGCGAUAGGCCACUGGCUUAUUCAGAUCUAAAUCUUCUAUCGCGUUUCGAGUUUCAACUCUAACUUUUUAUGUAAAACAUAUACAGUAUUUAGAGGCCAAUAUACUAGGAAUGUUGACAAAAUAUCAUGCUGUAAUAUAUACCGAUUUUCACGUUAUCAAAGCUUUUAUAGAAUUUAAUAUUACAAAUGUGUUUGAAAAUUAUUUAAAUUACCACCAAAAUUUAUUAUAAUAUUUUCAAAUAGCUACAGAAUUAUGCAGAAUAUAUUUAGCGGGCAAGUUUGGGCAUGGGUUAAUAAGCAUAAUUAGUGACCAAUUUUGGUCAAAACUAUGUAAAUAUUGUUGUAUAUUGUCUAGCUGUCAAAUUCCUAAGGUUAGGUAAUUAAGUUUAUGUUAUGACUGAGUUUGUAUAUAAAGUUGACAAAAAGUUUAAAACGGAUCACAUAUUUGUGAUAUCAAAGAAUGAUAUCGGAAUUGGCACUAUGGGUAGAAGAUAUAAAGCCAGUGAUAGCCUGUCUUCGAGUGAUCUAUUCAGCAACGUCUUGGUAUAUUAGGCAUAAUGGUUAGGUAUUUAUCAAUUAUUUAAAGUUCAGCGCUUGAAAUUUUAAAUUUUGGGUGCUUCCAGUGGGAUACUAAGAAGUCUAAAUCUGAUAUCCACCAUGAAAAUAUAGUAGCUCACAUUUGGAUGUAGUAAUAUUCAGACAUUGAAGUUAUAAAAUGAGUUUUCAAUUGCAAUGAAUUUGAUAUAAUGAAUCUAAGAUAUGUUUGUAAUAAGGAUUUAUAAACAACAGAAAAAUACUGUACUGGUACUGUAUCUGUUAGUGAUUGAAAGAUUGUGUCACAAUCGGAAAUUACUGAUUACCGAUUAUUUAUUCAAGUACAAUCUGCCUGAUGCCUACACACACAAAAAUCUCACAUCUUGUAACACGUUUGUCAACAAGCCGUCAACAAGUUGUCUUCGCACUGCUUGUCACAAGUUGUCAACAAGUUUGGAACAAGCUGUUAACAAUUUGUAACAACCUUGUUGAUAUUAUCAGGCUUGUUACAAGGUUGUUCCAACAAGUCUGAUACAGUCAUGAUAUAGCAGUAUUGUUACAACCUUGUGUUGUCAACCUUGUAGCAUUCUUGUUUAUCAUGAUUGUAUUAGACUUGUUAGAACAACCUUGUAACAAGUCUGAUAAUUCCAUCAAACUUGUUACUAACUUUUUAUUAACCGAACACGAAGGUGAGAAAUAUUGGACCGAGGUCUUUUUUGUCACAAAAUAACGACACUUUGUGUCAUGCAUGAAUAUGCAGUUUUACUGAUAGGACGUUAGACUGUAGCAUGUAGCAGACAAUUACAUUUUGUCCUGAACAAUGCUUGUGAUAUUUAGUACUAACCACACUUUUAUGGGUCUUUAGAAAUUAUUGGGGGCGGGGGAUGAUUGCCCCCCCCCCCCCUAGUGUUCGCCACUAAGUUAAGAACAACCUCUUACCCAGGCUAUUUGCUGUCAUACUCUGGUGCCAUGGUUAAGAAAUGUCUGUAACCACAAUGGAUUGCACUGUUGCAAAGAAAAUUCUAAUCUCAAACCCUGAGUGACUUAUGUUUUGGUUUAAUAUUAUAAUUUCUCAUUUCUUUUUAGCCGAGAAAUUUUUGGAGGCAAUCGAAGGAAAUAGUAAUUAUUCCUUACUGUUGCUUCAUAUUGUGGAUAAUGAUUCAUUUGAAAGUAUGGUCAGGUUGGCUGCAGCCAUCACGUUCAAGAAUUUUGUUAAAAGACAAUGGCGUGUGGUUAGUAUUAUAUAUUGUUAACACCAGACCUCGGUAACAGGUUGCCAGACGUAUAUGGGAUUUCGGUGGUGCAGUCGUUAGAGCAAAUGCCUUUCACCUCUGAGAUUGUAGGUUAGAUUAUCACUAUGGACUCAUGUGAAAAGCAUCUGUCACUCAAUGCAAUGCAAACGUUGUGAUGACAGUGUGUAUUGAAAGUACUAUAUUCAUAAUAAUUGUAAAAUUUGCAAUGUUUUAUUCAGUUUGGGAUGGAAAUGUAAGAGGGAGGAUACCGGUAGUGUAACUUGCAUGUAAUAGUUGUUUGUAGUCACACUGUGAAAAGGCUUGGGGGGUUUUGCUUAAAAUUAAAACCGAAAAACCGUCUGCUUCUAAACCGGUAAAACCGGAAAACCGUUUUUUUUCCCUUUAAUUUUUACUUCAACUGAAUGAGCAAGAAUUGUGGUAUUUUUUGACAUAAGAAAACAAACAGUACACGACAAAACGCAAAAUUGUGCAAAGGUAACCUAAAACGACUUCAGUUUUAAAAUAAAAGGGUCAAGAACGCAUUUGAAAACUUAUACCUCUUUAGUUCUUACCGACUUUAUGGAAAAAGAAUAGAAUUUGUAUCUAGUGUCAUGUAAUUGAGUUUAAUUAGUGUCAUGUUUUGAGAAUUAAGAUCGAGUUUUGGGCGAUGACAUCAUGACAGUAAACAAUUACGUAAUGACGGUUUUCCGGUUUUUGUAAAAGCUAAACCGAAAAAACCAGUUUGAAAAUAAAACCGAAAAAAAACGGUAAACCGCCCAAGCCUAACUGUGAAUGUUAACCCAUUGAGUCACAGCAUUCUCCCCCUGAUGAGUAAAAUCAUCUGGCAUUAGACAGAGUGAAACAAUAAAGUAGUGUGCAUCUGGGCUCAUUGCCACUUUAAAGGGUUUAUUUUAAAAUGUUCAGUCAGUCUCCUUUCUCUGGGUAUAUUCAAGCAUUGUAUUAGAUGUAAUUUCUGGUUGUAAAAUUGAUAAUGUCAUGAUCUAGAUCAUCGAUUUAUGCUGUUCCACCCUGAUGUAGAUUCCCCUUGUCACAGCCUAAUUAGGAUAUCUUUUUUAUCCCUUAGAGUGAUGGAAAUCCAAAUAAAAUUACACAGGAUGACAGACAAAAGAGUAUGUUUAUAUUUACCACUUAUUUACUCAGAUCGAGGAAAACAGCAUAUUUUGUGGCCCCUGGAUUGCUGUUCCCCGACCAACGAGCUUGCAGUUGUGUUUAUUAUAUAGCAAGUGUCAAAGUCUCAAUAAUUCACCUGGUAUUUUGAAACUGUAAUAAAACUGACCGGCAAAUAUGCUGAAACUCUUGAAAAACCUUCGCUUCAAACUUGCUGGUUGACAUGAACAACUUGCGCUUUACUUUCGGUCUUGUUAUUGAGCGGCCAAUAAUUGUUUCAUUGUUGACAAGUUAUUCCCUCGCCAAAGCAUGCAGUGAACAUGACAUUUUCAACAAAACAGUAAAAAAAAUGGUUAAGCUAAGGUUGUGUGACUGGCAACUCUCAUGACGUUAGAGCUUUCACUUCUGAGUACCUGGGUUCGAUUUUUACUAUGGACUCAUGUGAAAAGAAACGUGUGUUUUCUCUGGGUGCCCUGGUUUCCUCCCACAGGGAAAGUUGACAGGGUGUGUUAGGAUAAACACAGUUAGGAGAGUAAUAUCACAAUUGUUGUAAAGAUAAAAUAGUCUAGGGUGAGUAUAUAAUUAGGUAAUACUUGAUGUAAAUUGCAUUUGAUCGUAUCCACAUGUAAGUUUGCACCAUGGAAAUGUUAUUAUAAAAUAACAUGUAUAUAACAUGUGCUCUGAUUGGUCGAAACCCGUGUUUGGAUCAGGCCAUCCAAACACGGAAGACUAUCGUGUUGUUGUUAUUUUAUAAAGCAAUCACUUUAUGGUUUCCAUGUUAGGAUGGCCUGAUCCAAACACUUGGAAAUGUUGCUCGAGUUAAGAAAAGCGCGCAAAAUCACUUGCCUUCGGCUCGUGUUUCGCGCGCUUUUCUUAACUCUCGCAACAUUCCCGCGUGUUUGGAUCAGGCCAUCCAAACACGGAAACCAUAAAGUAAUUGUAUAAUCGUAAUCACUCUCAUCCUUUUUUGAUCAUUGUUUAAUUCUUUUAGUUAAGGUUUUGAUUAUUGAUUUGAUGUUGAAGAGCCCCCCACAGUUACAAAGUCAAGUAAGUGGGGCUAUCACAUUGUUCUAGUUCGCUAUAAUUUUAGUCACUGAAAGAUUGUUCCAGACUAAUUGACCAAUCCUAUAUUAAUCAAUAUUUUGAUCUUAAUAAGUCUAGACAAAAUUCCAUCACAGCAUGAAAGAGCACCACAAAAUUUGUAAUAUUUCAAAGUUUCGUUACGAAAUGUUGUAAAAUGCGGAUAAUAUAACCUUGCGAAAUUUGCAAUUUUCAGUCAUUUUGUAUUACGAGCGGGAAAUGGUUACCAUUUUUCCAAAAUUUUGAUCUCAACUAGCCUAAACAAAAAUUUCAUCACACCUUGAAAGAGCAUCACAAAAUUAGUAAUAUUCCAAAGUUUUGUUGCGAAAUGUUGUAAAAUGUGGAUGAUAUAGCCUUGUGAAGUUUGUAAUUUUCAGUCAUUUUGUAUUACGCACGGAAGUGGUAACCAUUUCCCGUUUGUAAUACAAAAUGACUGAAAAUUACAAAUUUCGCAAGGCUAUAUUAUCCGCAUUAUACAACAUUUCGCAACGAAACAUUGGAAUAUUACUACUGUAAUUUUGUGACGCUCUUUCAAGCUGUGAUGAAAAUUUUGUCUAGACUGGUUGAGAUCAAAACUUUGGUUAAUGUGGGAUUGGUCCAUUGUGGUGUGUAUUUUUCUUUAGUUAAGUGAUGCUGUCAGUAUUAUAGGAAGGGAAGAUUUUCCAAGGAAAUGGCCGAAUCUUCUGCCGGUAAGGAUAGAAACUACCUUGAAUGUGUUUAGGAAAAAGCAUGCACAAGUGUUUUGGGAAUUAAUUAUCUUGUCAAUUACUUCUGAAGGAAAUGGUGAAAAAGUUUAAUAGUGGAGAUUUUCAUAUCAUUAAUGGUGUCUUGAAGACAGCGCAUUCCUUGUUUAAAAGGUUGGUCUGGAUUGUGACUUAAGCAGAAGCACAUAGUAAUAGUUGCUACGUGGAACUUAAAGUUGGUUAGUGAUUGACUGAUUGUGCAGCAAUCUGAAAUUACCGAUUACUCAUUAUUCAUGCCACAAUCUAGCCACAGAUGAUAGAUUGUACCAGAUGUCUCACUGUAAUUUUAAUAAUUUAUAAUAAUUUAAUAACUGUGUAUCUAUCCCUAUGAUUUUCGUGUCCGCGAUUUUCGCGAGGCUAUCACGCCAGAUGACGCGUGCGACACUUACUCAUAGAGAUUAUAAAUAACACUAGAGGAGGCAUCGUAAUCUUAAUUCAGUAAAAAAAAGGGAACGCGACUAUUGGGGGGCAAAUUCAAGUCCCGGAUGUGUAUUCGUGUUCCCAUUGGUGACGAGUUUCAAAUCAGCCAAUGAAAGCACGAUUUUAUAUCUGGGACUUGAAUUUGCCCCCCAUUAGCUGCGUUCCCAAUUUUUAAACUCGAUGCCUCCUCUAGUGUUAUUUAUAAUCUCUAUGCACUUACUGCCAAAAUGGCGCUUACUGCCAAAAUGCAUGAUUGCUCACGUUUCAUGGCGUGUAUUACACUUACUGCCAAAAUGGCGGCCAACGCGUGCUCAUAAAAAAUCACGGACACAAUUUUUGCUGAGUGAGACAUCUGGUACAAUCUAUCAUCUGUGAUCUAGCCGAUGCCGAUUUUGAAAUGACGUCAAUAUCAGUCAACUAAGAAAAGGUGACGUCAUUCAUGUCGAUUUUUAACAAUUUCCAACGUAACAUAUGUUACUAAACAUAUGUUUAAUACUACAACCAAAGAUUGUUAAAACCGUUAAUAAUGACACUCGCGCUGUCGCGCAUUAAUUUAACAUAUUGCGUUGAAACGCAACGUGUAAUGCAUAUCAUUUUUAAAGUGCGUAUUUUCUCAACCAUUGAUUUUAGACAUUCGGAAAUAUAGAUAAUUCUACCGAUUCCGAUUGUCUACCGAUAAGACAAAAAUUGGCCCGAUGCCGAUAUCGAUGCCGAUUAUCGGUCAAUCAUUAAAGUUGGUCGUCGUUAUUCUUUUUCAAUUAGUUUUGUCUCUACAAAACUUUAAAGUUAAUUUAGUUUAGGUUUCUUACUUUAGUAUAUAUAGAUCCAAUAAGCAAUGUAUACCGAAGUUGGUCUAUUUAUGUUCCUUUUGGGUUACUGUAGGUAUCGACAUGAAUUUAAGUCACAAGAGCUCUGGGAGGAGAUCAAGAUUGUUUUAGAUGGUUUUUGUGAGCCAAUCACUGAAUUACUCAAGGUAGUUGACGCAAUGACUAAAUACAUAAUACAACUGUAGUAAGCAGGUAUCCAGUAUUAUCAUGUGAGCAAAAUAAAGCAAUAUGGUUGGUUAAUUUACUCAUGAAUUAUUAACGAGUUUGAGAUUUUCAGUUGUAUCUCACUUGUACUGCCAUGAUUAGUGCCGCGUACUUGAGCUGGUACAAACUGAAAGUGAAGACUCCUGCAGGCGUACUUAUAGUCGUUAAGAUGAAGUAAAUAAAGCGCAGUUUUCUAAAAGGUAUUCAUUCGGAAACCUGAAGCAGCAUUAAAUUCUAAAAUUUUCUUUUCCCUGUCUAUUGUUCAAAUAACCAUAUUCUUGCUCUGUUUUCUACAGACAACCAUGGAUCUGGCUAAUAAACACAGCAAUAAUCCAGAAUCUCUGAAGAUCUUGUUCAGUUCUCUUACCUUAAUAUGCAAGAUUUUUUACAGUUUGAAUUCACAGGUGAAUGCUCUAGCAUUGAUAGGUUAGAGGUGCUUGCAUCUAUACAAUUUGGAAUAUAUAUUUCAGAACCAUCCUCGGAGAUACGAAAAACUAGUUUCAUAUUAAUCGUAUCUCUGAGGAUGGUUCUGAAAUAGGGUUGAAACACUGCGCGUCCUCUAAGACAAGCGUUAAGUCGUCACGAAAAUAUUUCGUGCACUUAAAUUGGAUAACACUCGCUACCAAUCCCUGUUGACUCGAUAGCUCAAUAGGUAGAGCGGCGGUCUAGAUACCCGAAGAUGCGAGUUCAAAUCCCGCUCGAGCCAACGAAUUUUUCGUUGCUCGAUUGCAGUGUCAGAUUAAUAUGGAAUAUAUAUAGUGCAUCCAUUCUUCCCAACACAUUAUGCCACUGAUAACUUGGUGCACAUUGAUAUAUUAUAUAAAAUAAAAUGUAAAAAUUAAAAAGAAGCUUACAGUUCUUCACUCAAAAUAGUGUGAUCAUUAGGCGAUGAUGCUUGACUUUUGGUUUAUAAUACCUCUGCCAAAAACGUGGUAUUGAGCAUUUUUUCUACACUAUGAAUUAAAUUUGACCAUGAUUGUUCAAAACAAAUUACCACUAGAAUACAAAGAAUGACAUGAUAAAUACGCCCCACGAAGUAGAAAAAUAUUUUAUUACCGACAAUGGAACAUCCAAUCACUGGAUCGUGACUGGAUGGCAUGGAGAACCGUGGGAUUUUCAAAACAAUGAAAAGACAAUGGAACAUUCUGAUCACUGAAUCGUGACUGAAUGGCAAAGAGAACAGUGGGAUUUUCAAAACAGUGAAAAGACAAUGGAACAUUGCAUUUACUGGAUCUUGACUGGAUGGCAUAGAGAACAGUGGGAUUUUCAAAACAAUGAAAAGACAAUAGAACAUUGCGAUCACUGGAUCUUGACUGGAUGGCAUAGAGAACAGUGGGAUUUUCAAAACAAUGAAAAGACAAUAGAACAUUCUGAUCACUGGAUCUUGACUGGAUGGCAUAGAGAACAGUGGGAUUUUCAAAACAAUGAAAAGACAAUGGAACAUUCUGAUCACUGGAUCCUGACUGGAUAGCACAAUUCUUAUGCUAAGCAACCUUUUGAUUUUAAUUCCUUUUCUAGGAUCUACCUGAGUAUUUUGAAGAUCACAUGGAGGAAUGGAUGAAACACUUUCUUGUUAUAUUAACGACAGACAAUAAAUUAUUGAAAACGGAGGUCAGUUUCCGUUUAGUACUUUCAACAUUGCCAUGCAUCGCACUAGUAGAUGGAAUAAAGUCGAGCAUUAAGGCCGUUUUCCACUUCAACCGUAUCGAAGCGUAGCAUGUUUCUUUUGUUUCCUUAUCACUAGAGUGGAAUUAACGACUUCGACAAAAAAGAAAAUGCUACGAUAAGUUACGAUGUGGUUGAAGUGGAAAAUAGUCGACUAGGGCUGCACCGAAACCAAUUUUUAAAGUUCCGGCCGGAACUGGAUCUGGAAAAAAGUUCCGGCCGGAACCGGAACCGGAACUGAUUUAUUAAGCCAUAUAUAGUCAUGUAACUUUGUCUGCUGCCAGACAGGCAGACACUUCAAGUCAUCAAGGAGAGAGUUCGCAAAUGUUAGAAUAAAAAGAUUGACAAACGUUAAACGUCGUAAUGAAGUGUUAAAGGUGUAUAUUUUCCAUAUGUAGUCCGAAUUUCUUCCUACUGUGAACUUUUGUUACACACAAAAACGUUUGAUAUUCUAUUUAUUUAUUUAUUUAUUUAUUAGUUUCGCCAUAUUACAAUACACAGAACUAUAACAAGAACAAGAAUAAUAUACAUGACUAUAGGCAGGGUGACCGAGGCAGGGUGACCGAAACAGCGUGAGCCAAUUAGUUUCUAUCUCUUUGAAAAUAACAGAGUUCCGGUUCCGGUCAUGCUUUUUUUAUUAGUUCCGGCCGGAACCGGAACUCUGAAAAAUCGGGGUUCCGGCCGAGUUCCGGUGCACCCCUAAUAGCCGUUAGAGUUUUCUCAACUCUCGUGUCCCCGUCAAACGAAAAGAAGAGUUGCACGGGAAUAGACCUUUCCCCUUUUGAGUGAAAUUUUGAUCUAGACAAGUCUGAACAAAAAUUUCAUCACAGCUUGAAAGAGCAUCACAAAAUUAGUAAUAUUCCGAAGUUUCGUUGCGAAAUGUUGUAAAAUGCGGAUAAUAUAGCCUUGUGAAGUUUGCCGUUUUUCAGUCAUUUUGCAUUACAAAUGGAAAUUGAGAAUCAGAUGAUCAAACUGAUUAUCAAUUUCCCGUUUGUAAUACAAAAUGACUGAAAAACGGCAAACUCCGCAGGGCUAUAUUAUCCGCAUUUUACAACAUUUCGCAACGAAACUUCGGAAUAUUACUAAUUUUGUGAUGCUCUUUCAAGCUGUGAUGAAAGUUUUGUCUAGACUUGUCUAGAUCAAAAUUUCACUCAUAAGGGGAAAGGUCUAUUGACGAGAGGUAACUGGAUAUUAUCGGUGAAACAAGCGAAAACUUGAAACUCGAGAGUUAGCUGUCGGUUAAACGCGAGCGAGAGUUGCAACUCUCAUCAACUCUCGACCUCGUUUGACCGGGCCUGUUAUAGGGUAGGCGUAAUUUUGUAAAACGAGAUUGCUCAAUUUCAUUUUAAUGAAGCUCUUUCUUGUAGGAUGACGAAGAAGCAGGUCCACUUGAACUGAUUAAGUCUCAGAUAUGUGACAAUGUCUCCAUGUACGCACAGAAAUACGAUGAAGAAUUUCAGGUAAGUGUGCUGCAAGUGCAACCAACAGAACUGUUAUAGAUGGUGAAUGAACGAUUGUUCAGAUAUAUAAUAUUGUUCAAUCAAUACAUUUAUUCAAGGUACCUUUAGUUAAUACAUUGAAUUUAAGAAAAAUGAACCAAUAGUAAUAUAAUAAAGAAAAGUACAAGGUCUUUGCUGGAGAAUGUAGAGGUUAGCCCUAUAACAAAAUCCCCUUGUUUGUUGUUUUAGCCAUAUCUCCCAGGAUUUGUCAGUGCUAUAUGGAACUUGCUUACGACGAUUGAAAACAGAGUCAAAUAUGAUCUGGUUUGUAUUCAUCGUUUUGUAUCAGUUGAUAAGUACUAGAUAAAACAUGAGCAGAGAUAAGUACUAGAUAAAGCAUGAGAUACAGAUCGGAUGCGAAUGUUUUGUCGUACUUAAAAAGAGUUCAUUGGCGAAGUAAUGUUAAAAAUAAACAUUGUCUAAGCCGAUAAAAUCAAAGCUGAAGUUUAUGUAAAUCAGGACAAAUCUUUAUCCGAUUUACAAACAUUGAUUAAACAUUCAUUUCUUUUGUAUUUUCCUCGUGAAUUAUUAAUUAAUUUUUAAAGUUUAUUUGUUGAUAUACAGUUGUAUAUUGCGUCAGAAGUCGCGUUUAGUGAUUGGCCGAUUGUGUCACAACCGGAAAUGACCGAUUACCGAUCUUCAUGCAACAAUCUAAGAGAUACCAAUUUUAUAAUGAAGUCAUAUUGUCAGUCGACCAAGUAAAGGUGACGUCAUUCGUUUCGAUAUUUUAACGAUCAUUUCCUACGUAACCGAAGUUCGUUAACAAAUAAAUGGCACGUUUCACGCUUAACGCACACUAUAUAAUUUUUAAAGUGCAUGCGUAUUUUCUCAACAAUCGGUUUUGGACAGUCGGGAAUACAGAUAACUCUAGAAUUGGUUCAAGUCCGUCUCUCAAGGGGUUGAAAAUAGCGAUGCACACGAGCGGUCAAAAAAGGCGCGUAAAUAUGAGAGAAAAGUAAGGAGAGACGGACUUGGAUACCCUGCAAGCGCGCCAUUUUACCGUCGGAUUUUUCCUACGGAGGCGUGGCUUGCGAGUUGAGAACAACAACAAAUAUUCGCGCCAAUUUUUGCAAGUAACAUUCGAAAUGCUGCAAAUGUCCCAAGUCGUUUCUCCCUACUUUUCUCCUGAGACGGACUUUGAACCAAGUCUAAGAUAACUCUAGCGAGAAAAAAAAUUUUGCCUUAAAAUUUUUUUGGAAAAAAUUUGUUCUGAAUAAGAAUGAGAUAUUAAUACUUCUUGAGGUCUUCUCGCCACUCCCUUUCCUUUCAAUGUGACAUACAUAAAUAUAAAUGUACCUUAAUUUUAUCACAAUAAUCAAUGUAAAUUUACUGAUUGAAGUGGUAAGUAAAUUGAAUUGAAUUGAUAUUGAAUUCUACCAAUUCCGAUAAGGCGAAAAUCGGCCCAAUACCGACAUAGGUCAAGCACUAAUAAUUGAAUCUUAUAAUUGAGCAUCUCAAGUAUGUGGCAAUAAUUCAUUGGCGUACCAGUUAUGUUAAAAAUCUUGAAUUGUCGCAUCUGCAGAUCGUCGCUCAAAACAUCGAAGUUUUUUUCUAUAUUUUUUAUGUAGUUUGAAUUUCACUUUGAGUACCUCAACCAACAGAACUAAAGGCGGUUUUCGACUAGGCGAAAUUUUUCGAUCGAACUGAAAUUUCUAUAGUUUAAAUUCAAAAGAUUUCUGUUUAGUUCCAUCUGAGUGCUUGUAAGACAAAAGAAAAUUUCGAUUCGGUCGAAAAAUUUCGCCCAGUGGAAAUAAACCGCCUCAAGUGAAACGUACGAAAUAGGACUGGUGGGGGUGAUGAUGAUGAUGAUGGUGGUGGUGGUGGUGAUGAUGGUGGUUUCUACAUACUAAGGAGUUUCCGUUAUAUUUUGUAGCUUGUGAGCAAUGCAAUACAAUUCUUGACAUCUGUAUGUGAGCGAUCUCAUUACAAGGGAUUGUUUGAAGAUCAAAGUAAUUUACAGAGUAUUUGUGAGAAGGUUAUCGUACCCAAUAUGGAAUUCAGAG